AUGGUCAGCCCCAUGAACUCCUGCUGGAAGGAUCUCACAGCCAAAGCUGCCAAGUAUGUUGGCUUCUCCAUUUCCCUGUGCUGGAUUCUGUAUAUGCUGGUUAAUUUGAUUUUUCCUAUGUACACACCCCAUAUGCCAGACAACUGCAGCAGCAAAGAACUUAGAAAAAUCUUCAGUGAGCCCAGAGUCUGGACAGCUCAUGGUGCAGUGUUAUCAAGUGAAAAGGCUGUGCUGCCGGACGUAAAGCAGAGUCUCAAGCUACUGUUGUGUGGUAUCUGUCCAUCUUCCGGCCUGAAAGGGGAGUCAGAGAAAGAAGAAAAGAUGGCAGUUUCUCGGUGCUCAGUGACCUAUGAAGAUGUAACAGUGAUAUUCACUCAAGAGGAGUGGGCACUACUAAAUUCUUCAGAGAAGAAACUCUACAGAAAUGUGAUGUGGGAAAACUUUAGAAACUUUCUGUCAAUAGGACAGUUACAAGAGGAUCAUUCCAUCAAAGAGCAGUACAACUACCAAGGAAGUAAAAGUAAUAUUGUGGAAAUCUCUGAGGCCAAAGAACAAAGUCAAAAUGGUGGGAAACCUCAAGAAUGUGAAGUAUACAACAAAGUAUUCACUUAUUCCAGUCAGCUUAAAAGAUGGAAAAGAAUUGCCAUUGGAAAGAAACCUUAUCAACGUAAACAUUGUAAUAAAACAUUCAGUCAAACCGGUGAUCUUCAGAGACAUGAAUGUAAACAAUGUAGGAAAACAUUCAGUUGUUGCAGUAAACUUCAGACACAUGAAAGAACACCCAGUGGAGAGAAGACCUAUGAAUGUAAACAGUGUAGUAAAACUUUCAGUGAAAGCGGUACUCUUCAGACACAUGAUAGAAUGCACAGUGGAAAGAAACCCUAUGAGUAUAAACAAUGUUGUAAAACAUUGAGUCGAUCCAGUUAUCUUCGUAUACAUGAAAGAACUCACAGUGGAGAGAAACCCUAUGAAUGUAAACAAUGUUGGAAAACAUUCAGUCAAUCCAGUCAACUUCAGACACAUGAAAGAACUCACAGUGGUGAAAAACUCUGUGAAUGUAAACAGUGUAGGAAAACAUUCAGUGAUAACAGUGCUCUUCAGAAUCAUGAAAGAACGCACAGGGCAGAGAAGCCCUAUGAAUGUAAACAGUGUUGUAAAACAUUCAGUCGAUCUGGUCAUCUUCGGAUACAUGAAAGAACUCACAGUGGAGAGAAGCCCUAUGAAUGUCAACAAUGUAGGAAAACAUUCAGUGUUUCCAGUUCUCUUCGGCUACAUGAAAGAACUCACAGUGGAGAGAAGCCCUACGAAUGUAAACAGUGUAGGAAAACAUUCAGUUCUUCCAGUGCUCUUAGGACACAUGAAAGAACUCACAGUGGAGAGAAACCCUAUGAAUGUAAACACUGUAGGAAAACAUUCAGUUGUUCCAGUAAUCUUAGGACACAUGAAAGAACUCACACUGGAGAGAAGCCCUACGAAUGUAAACAAUGUAGGAAAACAUUCAGUCAAUCUGGUACUCUUAGGAAACAUGAAAGAACUCACAGUGGAGAGAAGCACUAUGAAUGUAAACAGUAUAGGAAAACAUUCAGUCCAUCCAGUCAUCUACGGUGACAUGAAAAACUCACAGUGGAGAGAACAUCUAGGAAUGAAAACAAUGUAGUAAAGCCUUUGGUGAUUCCUCAUACGUACUUAAAAGAACUCACACUGGAGAGCAAGCCUAUGAAUAUACAUGAUUCAGUGGCACAUUCAGUCAUCUUUAAUCACAAGAUAUAACACACAAUGGAAAGAAACUCUACUAUAAUAGACAAUACAGAAAACCUUUCAGUUCUUCCACUACUCAUAGAGCAUAUGAAAAUAAGCACAAUGUUUUGUAAUCUUCACUCACAUGAAAGUGCUCACAGUGCAGAGAAAACAUUAAGUAAAAUUUUCAAAAGAAUUAGA